AUGAAGUCCUCGUUGCUCACUCUUGCACUCCUUUUGCUCCUGGUCAAGUUGGCCUCAGGUAAUUGGUAUGUGAGAAAAUGUGCAAACAGACUUGGGACUUGCAAGAAGAUGUGCAGCUAUGGAGAAACACAGAUAAACCCGGUAACAGGAAUGUGCAACAGAGAAAAAUUAUGCUGUGUUCCCCGCUUGCAGAAUGAUCCGCUGUUGUGUGGUGAUGGUGAUGGUGAUAGUGAUAGUGACAGUAAUGCAAUGUUUGGAAGGACAUCACAUCUUCGUAGUACCAGUAAUUUUGGGGGUGGGGAGAUACAAAUAAGACAGAGAACAGACAUGAUUAAAGUAUAUUCCCAAACAUCCAUUAAGAACUGA